UGAGCUCAGCCACAGUGGACAUAAUUUCACAGAAUCACCAGAUGGGCCUUUGAGGAUUCUUCUGUCAGUAAACAGGCUCUCAGCCGGCGUCGGCGCCUCUCUCCUCACAGCAGCAAACGUCCUAAAGCUGUUUUGUGGCUGCUCGUUUGAUCAUCAAGAUCUGGACUUAGUGUUUGACUUUCACACUCCAGCCGUAGCAGGACAUUUAAAUGUGUCUGUGACGUGUAGGGACUGACAAUGCCAUGAAGAAUGAGCGGCUACUUCCACACUUAUUAAGACCGUGUAAUAACUUAAUUCCUGCAAAUCAAACGGAGAGAAGCGGAGCUGUUCCUGGCAGUGUUCCAGACUCAGAUUAAAACCGUACAGUGGUCCACCUCCUGCUUUAUUCUAUGAAAAGAUUAGAGGGUUGCAGAACUUAUUGACUCAGAUUUCUCCUCCAGGUAUAGAGUAAUUAAUGUAAUUAGGCUCUCUAUCUCCACUCAGGCCUCUUAUCAAAGCUGUUUCCUUAUCGCUUCUGGAAAUUUAAUUAGAAAAAAAAUCUUUCUAAUUAACGAUUUUGUGAAAUUAACUUCAACUGGUUCAUUCCCUUGUCAGUUGUUGGCUGGAGGCAUAUAAAGAGAAGAGCUGGACAGAGAUGUGGAAAGAACAAAAGGAAUCCCCAUCACAUCACCUGCAUCAUGGCUCAGAGAAACACAUCUGGAACAAAUGCAAUCCCCAGACUUGUUGUCAAGAUUAUAGGAGGCAAACAAGUCAAGCAGUUUAUUGAGGAGCCACAAGAAGACACGUCAGAGAAAGAAGAUCCUCUUGUUGAAGCUGCAGAUGAUGAUGCAGAUAAACGAGGUGUGAUGGCGUCUCACGGACGGCUGCAGGACAGAGUGGACUCUGCAGUUUGGGCUGUGAUCAACCAGGUUCCUGACAGAGUGUGUAUGACGGCGCCCUCUGGUGAUCGCUCCAGGUCCUACAUUCACCCAAAGACUUCCCACAUCACUGAGUCCAGAGCAGCUGGAGCAGCAGAGACAACAGAGCAGAAAGGUGCGUCUGAGGACGGAGAUAAGGCCGAGCUCUCCUCGGCUGUCAGUGACGAGCUGUCUGAUUGGCAGUUCUCCUCUCUGACAUCAACAGAGGACGACGCGGCAGCUCUCGAUUCCACCUCCAGAGGGACACUCGAUCGAUCGGAGGUCACUCACCUGUUCCUGAAAAAUGAUGUUCCGCUGAAAUUACCAACGUUUUCUCUGCUCCUCCAAAUGUUUUCUGAUGAAUGUGAUCCAGAACAGGUUCAUUACAGAAAACUGCUACAAUUCAUAAGACGUUCUGCAUUUCCAGAAGAAAAUCCACAGUGACAGAGAACUUCAGAGCAGCUGAACAAACGAGGACAAACAGCUGAUUCACAAAUACAAUGACAUCAUCAAUCUGAGCUCGCUGAGGAUCGAUGACAGCGAGAAACCGGAGCCAAACUUCCUCUGGCCGCAACUCUGAAACACUUCAAAGGACUAUAAAUUCUUACUGAAAUUAUUGUACAUUCAUGAGAUGAUUUGUCUCUUUAUGUCAUCUAUAGCUUUAUUACAUUACAUUACAUUAAUUUAACAAAUGCACCCCACCCCCAACGUGCUGGCCGGCUUACUGGAAGCAGUUUGAGGUUCAGUGUGUUGCUCAAGGACUCCUGUCGACAAAUAGACCACAGAUCAAACCUCCAAUCCUACUUCUAAAUAUGAGAAAGGGAAGAGCAGCAAUAGGUUGUGUCAAAACUAACUGAACGUACACGUUACUCAUCUUACUGUUAAUUUACAUUUAGACUUUAAGACUCCUGAAGCAGCCGUGUUGAUGGGUGAUGAUGUCCUGGUUUCCCCUAAAAUGUUUCUGUGUCGUUGUUGCUCUUUAGGGGACAAAACUAAGAGCCACAACAUGAACUGUUGCAUUAAGAAUUCACAUUUUUAGACUUGAGUUAAGAGAAAUGAUCAUUUGCAGGUUUAGGAAAGUAACUUUUACCUUUUGUCAUUUAUUUUAAUCUUAUUUUCUUUGAAAACAUUUUGCAUAGCUUGCCUCUACGACCACUGUCUGAUCUGAGCAUG